AUGCAAGUUCAGACGGAAGAUAAAAUGUUUCGAGCAGUUUGUUUCUCAGCAGAGAAACAUAAGGAAUUUAAAGCAAGGUCGGAAGCAGCAUGCGCAGUUAAGUUGACAAAGUUUCGAUUGAAGCAGAAUACGUGGUCAAAUGAAGAUGAAAUUCAUUUAACGAAACGUACUAAACUUGAAGAACCCAAAGAGGAAGAAACAAACUUCGAUUUUAAAGUUGCAGAUCCAACCAAUGAAGAUUGCUUUCCUUUGACUGCUAUCGAGACUAUCGUAGCAAAGGAGAGUUCCACAAACGUCAGUGUUUCUGGACCUGUUACCUUUCAACAGAAAGAAGAAACAGUAAUGAUGAAAGGUAAAACAUUGAAGAAACAAGAGGUGCUUAUAACAGACAAUUCUUCUUCUAUUCGAUUAGUCCUUUGGGAAAAUGAUAUUAAAAAUGUUCAGUCUGGGUCAUCUUACCAUCUUUUAAUGUCAUGGUGAAAACUUACCAACAGAAGAAGUAUAUCACUUUAAACAAACGUUUGCAUGUUUUACCAAGUGACAAAGUAAUUGAAAGAGAAGACAGCGUAGCUGAAAUAAAAUAUAAAAAUGUCCAAUGUCCUGUUCUAGCCAUCAAGUCGGUGCAGUGUUUUAAAUCUUGCAUGAAAUGUAAAACAAAAAUGAUUCCCAUCCCAGGCAAGCAAAUAACCAAAUGCAGUGAGUGUGGUUUAGUCGAAUUAUUGUCCAAAUCUACGAACAGAAUGUUGGCGAACGCACUUUUCAAUAACGGUGAUGAAGAAAUUUCACUAAUUGUCUUAUUUGAUGACAAACUGCAGCAACUACACAAGUUGUUUUGUUCACAACAAGCAUGUAAAAAGGAAUUUCAGCAGUGUGAUGAAAAUGAGAUCAUGUUGAUGCUAUUGACUGUGUCUGCUACUGUCGUAUUCAAUAAAAACAACAACAGUGUUGUUGCUAUCAAGGAAGUUUAG